ACAACUAGUAUGCCGCCAGUGCGUUCCAUCCAUGACGAGUUAUACCUCACCCACACCGGCAAAGACGCGGAAUACUGGAAAACUCACGACCCAAUUGACCUCCCGAAAGAAUACUGGGCCGCCUAUAACAAGCUGAUUGGGUUGCCAGAGGACUAUGUCCCCAAAAUAAUCCCCCAUACUGAGGAAGCGAGGGGGAACCACAUGCUCGGGGCUCGAUGGACAGAAGGGAAGCCUAUGACUCUCACUCGCAUUGGCAAAAGCCAGUAUCAUCUCUUACACUGGACGAAUUGGGUUGGCGCUGACGGAGGUGUGGUCAACUUUCAAAUUGUGCGAAAGGGCGAUGAGGCGAAUCCCAUCGACCCCAAGGCUAAGCGGAUCAAGGUCACACAGAUGUCUCCGAAGGGACACCCUUUCAAGUUCUAUGAGUGUGCGGCGUUUGCACCCGACGCGUCGAAAAUCUGUAUCAAGCUGCCCGGAGCGCCACUUUGGGAGUACAUGUUUCCGUUCAGAUGGCCUGACGAGCUGGAGGCGCUGAAGCGUACUAUUCCCCACACCUGUUGCCCUCCUGACUCCGACUAA